UUUUUUCUUCACAUUUUUCCCUUGAUAAUAGAGUAUAGUUUUAAAUCUAGAUCUAGAUCUUAUCUUCUGUAUUGUCCAGUCCAGUCUAUUAUAAUCUAGAUCUAUGUCUAUGAUCUAUAUAGAUCUAGAUUUAAAUAAAACUUUAUUUUUUAAAAGGUCUUUUUUGAGAUUUCUUAGGAGAAAAAAUGGCGAACGACGUGGGAGAUUCAGAUCUCGAUUUUCUAGCUCUUGAUCUUAUUAUUAAAUUUUGCAAAGAAGAGUAUAAAAUUUCUGGCUUUUCCAGCACAGACACAGUUAAAGAUCUGAAGGAUGCAAUUUAUAAAAACACUGGUAUUCAACCCAGUCGACAAAAAUUGCUUGGGCUAAAAAUAAAGCCUAGUGAUUUGACAGAUGACACACCACUUAGUGCAUUGAAACUAAGGUCUAAUAUGAAAAUUAUUUUGAUGGGUACAAAAGAAAAGGAAAUCGAAAAACUUUCUGAAAGUCCUACAGAUGUACCUGAAAUAAUUAAUGAUUUUGACAUUGAAGAAGAAGAAAUUGCAAUUGAAAAUAGAGAAGAAUUUUUGGCAAAAAUUGAGCGUCGAAUUAAAACCUAUCCAAUCAAUAUACUAAAUGAACAUCGAGAUGGAAAAAAGCUCCUUGUUUUAGACAUUGAUUACACAUUAUUUGAUCAUAGAUCUACCGCUGAGCAAGCCAGUGAAUUGAUGCGCCCAUAUUUGCACGAGUUUCUCACUGAAGCAUAUAAGAAAUAUGAUAUUGUCAUUUGGUCUGCUACUGGCAUGAAGUGGAUUGAAACAAAACUAAAUCUUCUUGGAGUGUCUUCUCAUCGAGACUACAAGAUUUGUUUUUACCUAGACUGUGAUGCAAUGAUUUCUGUACUCACACCAAAAUAUGGUGCUAUCGAAGUGAAACCUCUGCGUGUCAUCUGGGGCAAGUUUUCUUACUGGAGUGAAAAGAACACUAUUAUGUUUGAUGACAUCAGAAGAAAUUUUAUCAUGAAUCCACAGUCAGGCUUAAGAAUCAAAGCAUUUCGAGACUCUCGGGUGAACAGGUUUACUGAUACUGAGUUGAUCAAACUAUCAGAAUACCUCAACGCAAUAGCCGAAAUGGAAGACUUCACUGUUCUAGACCAUACACACUGGAGAGAUUCGAGUUUUUCCUUGUUCCAGAUAUAGAAAAAAACCCACAGCAGAACAGAAAAGACGAACAUGAUUGAUGAAACAACAAUCAAAUUAUCUUUCAUCUUUUUUUUUUUACUUCAUUUUAUUUUUAACAUGUAUUUUAUUGGUUACUUUUUUUAAACUGCUUUCCAAAUUGUUAGAAAUGAAUAAAUUGAUAGAAAAAAUUACAA